CAGAGCAAUCAAACGAAGGUCUGGGGUGGGCCGCAUUUCUGGGAGUAUAUAUAUAUAUGUGUGUGUGUGCUCUUGAUUUUGUGUCAUAUCAGGACACAACUCUGUAUAAAGACAUGGGUAUGACACAGGUAUUACAAGGAGAGGGUGACUUAUGAGACAUAACCCAUGUCCCCAUUUUUCAAAACGCUUAUAAAUCAUACAGAAUGAGUUUUUUUGAGAAAGUAAAAAUGCAGAAAGUUUCCUGUGAGGGUUAGGGUUAGGGUUGGUGAAGGGCGAUAGAAUAUACAGUUUGUACAGUAUAAAAACCAUUACGCCUAUGGGAUGAACCCACUUUUCACAAAAACAAAUGUGUGUGUGUGUGUGUGUGUGUGGACACACCCACAGGAUUGUCAAUCUGGUUCAGUCUGUUUUCUGGAGCUUGUCAUUCUCCUCAUCUUCUAAAGACACUAACACACAUGACAUCUCUGUAAUAAGAGCAGCAGCUGUCAAAGAAAACAGUACAAGGUCAGGUAGGUUUGGAUUUUUUAUUUCUACUCUACUAAAUUGGCUGCUUGAUUUUAUAAACCACAUUUAGCUGUUUCUGUGAAUUUCUGUUUUUGCCAACCAAAAGCGUGAAUAAUUUUGUUAAAAUUUUAAACAGACAUAAUCCUUAAAACACCUCUAUUUCUCUUCCACAUGGUUUUCAUAUGUUCCCUUAGAGAAAAUUCAGUUAUGUACAAAAACUUGAAGGAUUCGUGUUUAUACAAUGUACAUUUACAUUCUCAAUGUACAGUUGAGAUUUUCAACUUUCUGCUAUAUUCAACUGAUUGAUUUGUAUUUACCGUCUCAUUUAAAGUUUUAUUUGUUUAAAUGUACUUUGAGUCUAUUCCUAUGUCUUUGUCUUUGACACAGUCGUCAUCAUGGUGAACGGUACUCUGAAUGAACUGUCUCAGCUCAAACAAUCAGGCUUCGGUCAGCCGUGGCCUAGACAUGGCUUGAACCUGUUGUUUUGGUUUGCUCAUGACUACAUCGACUUCAGAAAUGGGAAAAUGGUCUCCAUCUCUAGCCCUCACGAUAAACGCUUUGGCUUUCACAAGUUCAAAAAUGAUGAUCAUGAUCACAUUGUGCCUAUUGAGAAUCUCCCAUAUUAUGAGGUGGGCAACCUGAACUUUCCAGGAGCAGACGAACUCCCAAAUUAUGUCAGGGCCAAUUACAUGCACAGCAAUCCUGAAAGUAACAAGGAUCGCAUUAUUGUGUGUCAAAACACCAAUGGCAGCUUCAAAAGUGUGCAUGUGACUGAACACUUGAAGGAUAACUUGAAACAGUUCGACAGCAAAAAAACCUACAGAGUGAGCCAGGGCCUCCUCCAGAUCAUCAAGAACAUGACUCGAGAGCAGUUUCUCAAUAAGACAUCCAAAACUCAAGAAGUGCAUGCCAGUCAACCCCGGAUCUCCAACCCUGAAGAGGAGGGUGUCAGAAAUAGACCGCAGAUACGUGAAGUGACUGCGCCUCUAGACAAUACCUGCUCAUGUACCAUUCUUUAAAUACAAACAUCUGCUAUAACUCAUUAAUAUUAUCGCGUUUCGUUCAUGGAUGUUAUGAUGAUGAUUAAUAGCCGAAUAAUACUAUGUUUUAAAUAAAGGACCUGUGACUGGGACU